CAAAUGUGUCAGAAAACACCCCAAUUCACCUCCUGAUCUCGGAGGACUAGCACUCUACCACAAUGACUGGUUCAGACUCUGAUUCGAAGUUGACCGAGGACAAGAGCGGCAGUCUGAAGAAGAGCAAAAAGAAGCAAAAGAAGGAAGAUGCCUGGAGACCAGAAGGACGCAGAGACCCUUUUGCCAUGCUGAACUCUCUGCCUGAAAGCAAGCAGCAGGAGAUCCAGAGAGCCCUCCACCUCUUCUCCUUGGGCCCAACUCAACCCAAGACCCUGCAAGAUGCCAAAAGACACACAUUUCGUUUCUGGGAAACACAACCUGUUCCCAAACUGGAUGAUGCAGUCGACAGUGAUGUGACUCAUGGCCCAAUAAUAGAGGGUGAAGCCAUUGUCCGGAAGGAGCCCUACUCUCUACCUCAAGGUUUCUCCUGGGACACUCUGGACCUGAGCAGCCCCACAGUGCUGAGAGAGCUAUGCACUCUGCUAAAUGAGAACUACAUGGAGGUUGACGACAACACAAUCAGAUUUGACUUCUCUCCGGAGUAUCUGCAGUGGGCUUUGCAACCUCCUAACUGGCUGCCACAGUGGCACUGCGGUGUGCGAGUGGCUACCAAUAACAAGUUAGUCGGCUUCAUCGCUGCCGUUCCCGCAGACGUCCGCGUGCAUGAGACGGAGAAGCGGAUGGUGCAGGUCAAAUUCCUGUGUGUUCAUAAGAAGCUACGCCUCAAGCGGAUGACUCCAGUUCUGAUCCGAGAGCUGACCAGACAGGUCAACCAGCAGGGUCUCUACCAGGCUGUCUACACGGCUGAUGUAGUGUUGCCCACACCAUUAAGCUCCUGCAGAUACUGGAAUCGUCCUCUGAAUCACCGAAAGCUGGCGGAGGUGAACUACCCGGGACUGAGACCGAGCAUGAACCCGCAGAGAGCUGUCAAGUUGAACCGUUUGCCUGAGGUGACAAAGACAGCUGGUCUGCGGCCUAUGACUAAAGAUGAUGUUGCGGGGAUACACUCUCUACUCCAAGCACACCUCAGCAAGUUUCACCUCAGCCCCAGCUUGUCUUUACAGGAAGUAGAGCACUGGCUACUGCCAAGGGAGAACGUGAUUGACACCUACGUUGUGGAGGGAGAUGAUGGGACACUGACAGAUGUGGUUAGUUUCUAUAGCAUCUCCUUUAAAGUGCUGAAUCACCCGGUCCACACUGACCUGAGAGCAGCUCACCUCCUGUACGUUGCCUCUACUGCCACAGACGUGGUCGACCUCAUGGGGGACACACUGGUUCUGGCUAAAUCUAAAGGUUCUGACAUCUUCUCUGCGCUCGACGUGAUGGAUAACAAGAGUUUCCUGGAGAAGCUCAAGUUCAGCGUCAGUGACACAAGCCUUCACUACUACCUGUACAACUGGAUGUGUCCUAAUGUCAGCCCAGACAAGGUGGGCUUGGUGUUUCCCAACUGACCUGCCACUGAAGGAAGACAGAGCUGUGACGAUGGAAGGACCAGAGUCGCUGACAGACAUCCAACUGCAUCAUCAAUACGAAUUUGAGUUUAAGAUAUAAACUGACAAACUGUAAAACACACACACACUCUAGCCCUCUCUUUCUCUCUCUGUCUCUCUCACACACACACACACACACACACACACAGAAAUCAAUGAAAGAAAUAAAGAUGAAAUUCCAUUUGUAAAUACAUUCAUCAUCCGGAUGUCAGUUAUUAACUUGGUUCAGCAUUUCUGUGACAGGAAUAGAUUGUUUCUGAAAUGAUGGAGAAAAUGGACCCAGUACAUCCAAGCAAUAUAAAGUGUGUGUGUGUGUCUGUGUGUGUCUGUGUGUAGUCUUUGGACAUUGCUGCAGGCAAUACACACACCACCCCACCCCUUUGAUUUGAUUGAGAAACAGCAACAUUAAUCUUUCACACUCACGCAUAUAUAAGAAUAGCUAGAUUGUGUGCAAGUGUCUACAAUCUGCACACAGUCACGCACGCAGAUGCAUAAAGUCAGGCGUAAAUGCAAACAAGUUAAAUCUCAUGUAGACAUCACAUAAAAAGUCAGAGAGCAGGUUUCUGCAGGUGGAACACAAGUACAAGAAAAUGUGUCAUUAUAUGUCAUUUUAACAACUUGUCAUGAAGACAAAGAGAAAAACUAAUAAGCAUAUUAUUUAUUGAGUCAUUUGCUUAUUAUUAAACUAACUCACCUUCUAAUUUAUUACAAGAAAGUCACAUUUUCUUUGGUUCAGAGUAUGCAACCACGGGGUAUAGAUGGAAGACAAUAUGAGACACAUGCAUUGUGUAAAUGUGAGCAGCAGGGGGCGCUGAAACCUUUACUAUUUCUGCUUUAUUUACUACACUCUGAGGCACUCUGUAGAUUUACACAUCACCUGCUUUGCAUUUUAUUGUUAGGACUACAACAGCCCAGUGUAUCAAAAGAGUAUCUGUCCAAUGUCCUCUUUGAAUCUGUAAGGACAUUGUUAAUGCACAAGUAAGAUCUGUGUAAAUGUAACUACUCUAAUUCAUGCUGUUGGGUAGCUGUUCCCAAAACAGGCUGUAUCAGGAUCCUUUAGAUCUUUUAUUUUAGGAAGGCAAAGUUUGAUUAAUUGGACAGAAAAACAUUGUUCAGCUGCAAAAAAAU